AGCACCGGUGGAUCCGCCAUAUUCUUACUAGAGCAUUACAAGGCUGCAGCUUAUGUCGCGCAGUGGGAGGGUGAACGAGUGGACAGGGUGGAAAGAAAAACGCCAGAGGGUGGGCAAGGGAAAAAUCUUUGACGCAGGGCGGGGCCAGGCAUCUGCGCCGCUUCUUGCUGAAAAAACGAAGGCGGAGCGCCAUGGCGCCCGUGGCUCCCGUCGUUGUGCGAGCGCGAGGACUCCGCCCGCACAGGGCGCGCGCUUGCGUGGCGGCAGGCCUUAUGCCCCAGCAACAACGCAAAGCGCGGCAGCGGGCAGGCGCCAGUGGACGGAGGAAGGAAGCAGGGGAACAGCCCGCGCCAUGCGAGGCGCUGGCGCGUGACGCCCCGCCCGCGCGUCUGUGGUGUGGCCCGUUCGUGCCGCCUGCGUGUGUGCCCCGCCCCUGCGCGCCUUGGUGCCGCCCCCCGCCCUUCUCCCGCGCGCAGCCUUGCAGAGCAGGGGCUUGCUGGGGCCCCUGUCGCGCGCCGCGCGUGCAUGGGGGACCGGACGGGCGCCGGUUUGGGGCAUUCAUUGCCCCCCCCAGGCGCAGGGGCCCAUCACCCUCCCCCAGCACCCCCGGACAACGGCGCCCCCCGCGUUAGCCCGCAUGCAAUCUGUCCCGCCCCCGCCUGCUUCCCUCGCGCGCACCCUCCAAGACAGAGACGGCGGACGGUGGCGCCCUCUGCCGGACCCCUCGUGAACAGAGGGGGGGCGCCGGGGGAGGGUGGUGGGCAGCUGCUCGCCUGGAAGCGUGGUGCUGGGGUGCGGCUUUCCCUGCGCGAACAGAGGGAGGGCGCCGGGGGAGGUUGGUGGGCAGCUGCUCGCCUGGUGCUUGGCCGCCGGCGGCGUUCGCGGUGCGGGCCCCCCACCGUCUGUGUGCCCUCCGCUCGUGCUUCCCGUUUUCCCCGUGUUUCCCGCUUUCCCAGGGCCUCUCGCUCUCCUCGUGCUCUCCCCGCGCUCCCCGCUUUGUUUCUCCGUGCUUCCCGCAUUCCCCGUGCUUCCCGCACGCUUUCCCCGUGCCCCCCGCUUUCCCCGUGCUCCCCGCCCUCCCCUUGCUUCCCGCGCGCUUCCCCCGUGCUUCCCGCUUUCUCCGUGCUUCCCGCUUUCCCCGUGCCUCCCGCUUGUUUCCCCCGUGCUUCCCGCGUGUUUCCCCCGUGUUUUCCGCUUGUUUUCCCCGUGCUUCCCGCUUUUCUUCCUCGGGCUUCCCGCUUUUCCCGUGCUUCCCGUUUUCCCCGUGCUUCUCGCCUUCCCCGUGCUAGCUUCCCGCCGGCCUUCCCCGUGCUUCCCGCUUUCCCCGUGCUUCCCACCCGCCUUCCCCGUGCUUCCCGCCUUCCCCGUGCUUCCCGCCUUCCCCGUGCUUCCCGCCUUCCCGCCUUCCCCGUGCUUCCCGUUUUCCCCGUGCUUCCCGCUUGCCCCGUGCUUCCCGCUUGCCCCGUGCUUCCCGCUUGCCCCGUGCUUCCCGCUUGCGCCGUGCUUCCCGCUUUGUCCGUGCUUCCCGCUUUCCCCGUGCUCCCCGCUUUCCCCGUGCUUCCCACCUUCCCCGUGUUCCCCGCCCGCCUUCCCCGUGCUUCCCGCCUUCCCCGUGCUUCCCGCUUUCCCCGUGCCUCGCGCGCGCUUUCCUCGUGCUUCCCGCGCGUUUUCCUCGUGCUUCCCGCUUUCCCCGAGCUUCCCGCUUUCCCCGUGUUGCAAAACCGGGGAGGCAGGGCGUUGGGAGAUUGUUGCAAAAUAUUUGGGGUCGCGAAAUAUUUUUGGCCGCGAAAUAUUUUGGGAGGGCCGCAAAAUAUUUUGGGUCGCGAAAUAUUUUGGAUCGCAAAAUAUUUUGCGUUGCAAAAUUUUUGGACUUGCGAAAUAUUUUGAGCUGCAGAAUAUUUUGAGUUGCAAAAUAUUCGGACUUGCGAAAUAUUUUGAGCCGCAAAAUGUUUGAAGUUGCAAAAUGUUCGGAGUUGCAAAAUAGUUCGAGCGGCAAAAUAUUUGGAGCUGCAAAAUAUUUCGAGUUGCGAUGGGACUGGGGCGAUUCGCCGUUUGCGAUAGAACUUGGGCGAUUCGCCGUUUGCGAUGGGACUUGGGCGAUUCGCCGUUGGGCGAUUCGCCGUUUGCCAUGGGACUUGGGCGAUUCAGCGUUGGGCGAUUCGCAUUAAUUUUGGGUCGCGAAAUAUUUUGGGUCGCAAAAUAUUUUGAGUUGCAAAAUAUUUGGACUUGCGAAAUAUUUUGAGUUGCGAAAUAUUUGGACUCGCGAAAUAUUUUGAGCCGCAAAAUAUUUGGAGUUGCAAAAUAUUUCGGGUUGCAAAAUAGUUCGAGUUGCGAUGGGACUUGGGCGAUUCGACGUCUGCGAUGGGGCUUGGGCGGUUCGCCGUUGGCCGUUGGCCGAUUUCGCAUGCAAAUCUCGACAGCUUUGGAAAGUUUGAAAACUGCAAAAAAAAUUCCGACGUGGGCGAUUUUCCUCCCUGUUGCAAAAUUUUAAGUUCCGCAGCCCAGCAAAAAUAGGAGUUAUUUUGCGUUGCAAAAUAUUUCGAGCUGCAAAAUAUUUUGGAUGGCGAAAUACUUCCACGCGCAAAAUAUUUCGCGGCGCAAAAUAUUUCGGGUUGGAAAAUAUUUCGGAUGGCGAAAUAUUUCCACGCGCAAAAUAUUUCGCGUUGCAAAAUAUUUCGAGUUGGAAAAUAUUUGCUAUUUUUGGUUGGGAGUUUUGAAAACGGGAAAGAAGUCGCGAAAACGGAAAAAAAUUUUGUCGGGGGUUGCAAGAUGUUUCUUCUUAGAAAUAUUGCAAACGGAAAGAGUAUUUUUGUUGGGAUUGGGCGAUGGACAUUGGGCAACGGACAUUGGGCGAUGGACGUUGUGCUUUGGACAUUGUGCGAUGGGUGUUGGGCGAUGGUUUGGACCGUGGGCGACUCGGCGAGGGACAUUGGGCGACUGGGUGAUGGACAUUGGGCGACUGGGCGAUGGACAUUGGGCGGUGGGCGAACUCGCCAAAGCUUUCGAAAGUUCGACAAUUGCAAAAAAAUUUUCGACAUGGGCGAUUUUCCUUCCCGGCGCAAAGUUUGGACAUUGGGCGAUGGACGUUGCGCGAUGGACGUUGGGCGAUGGACAUUGUGCGACUGACAUUGGACGAUGGACAGUGGGCGACUGGGCGAUGGACAUUGGGCGAUGGGCGAACUCGCAAAAGCUUUGGAAAGUUUGAAAACUGCGAAAAAAGUUUCGACGUGGGCGAUUUUCCCCCCCGUCGCAAAAUUUUAACUUCCGCAGCUCAGCAAUAGGAGUUAUACUAGCGAGAGCAAUCUACUUCAUUUCACGCGGUUCUUUUCCAUAGGACAACCUGAAGAACCUUUCCGCCAUUAG